ACCAAAAGGCAGCGGCGGCGCGGAGCAUGGGGCUGUGAUGGCCAUGGAGGGCUACAGGGGCUUCCUGGGGCUGCUGGUGUCGGCGCUGCUCGUCGGCUUCCUGUCGGUGAUCUUCACCCUCAUCUGGGUCCUGCACUACCGCGAGGGGCUCGGCUGGGACGGAGGCGCGCUCGAGUUUAACUGGCACCCGGUGCUCUUGGUCACUGGCUUCAUCUUCAUCCAGGGCAUCGCCAUCAUUGUGUACCGCCUGCCAUGGACCUGGAAAUGCAGCAAGCUCCUGAUGAAAUCCAUCCACGCAGGGCUCAACACCAUCGCUGCCAUCCUCGCCAUCAUCGCCCUGGUGGCCGUGUUUGAUUACCACAAUGUCAGGAACAUCCCCAAUAUGUACAGUCUGCACAGCUGGGUGGGACUGACAGCUGUCAUCCUCUACUUCCUGCAGCUUGUCCUAGGUUUUUUGAUCUUUCUGCUUCCCUGGGCGCCACUUUCUCUGCGAGCACUUGUCAUGCCCGUCCACGUGUAUUCUGGACUCCUCCUCUUUGCAACAGUGAUUGCAACAUCACUGAUGGGACUGACCGAGAAGCUCUUUUUUGUCCUGACAAACCCUGCCUACAGCACAUUCCCACCGGAAGGCGUUUUCGCAAACACCCUGGGCCUUCUGAUUCUGCUCUUCGGGGCCCUCAUUCUAUGGAUCGCCACCAGACCGCAGUGGAAACGUCCUAAAGAGCCGAGUUCUACCCUUCUCCAGACGAAUGGGGGCGCUGCCGAGGGGACGGAAGGCUCCGUGGCGGUAAACCCUGGCAACAACCUGGACAAAUCCGAUUCAGAGCUUAACAGUGAGGCGAGGAAAAGAAACUUCGCCCUCGAUGAGGCUGGGCAGCGAUCCACCAUGUAAGGCGGCGUGGAAGCGUAGCUGUGUAACUUCCGCUUUAAAAACUAGCGCUAAAGCUUAGCUUUUCCUGUUUAGACAUAAGUUGAUUGAGCUGCAUAGUGUCUAUUUAUUUUAAUUGUCCAAGAGGAUUUCUUGAAAGCGAUUGCGUUGAUCAAGGCCUGCGAAUUUACGUGAUUUAGAAAGGUUGUGAUGUAUAGAUAGUAGCUGAUAGCCAGCUGUGGUUGUGUAACCUCUUUCUUCUUGUGGACCAAAGCAUUAGCGCAGCGCCUUGCACAGAGCGGAGCUCAGAACGCAGCAGUCAGCUGAUUAAUUUGAUAAGCUGGCAGCAUCCCCUGCCUCUUGUCAUGUGAUUGUUUUGAGUUAAUUCUGGGAGCCCAGUGAUUUCCGAAGUAGGCAGAACCAGCCCUAAAGGUUUAAAAUCGGGCGUGACUGUCUGGGACAGGAUUUAGACCAUUAUGUAACAGAGACAUCAUGACUAAAGUAUGGGAGAAAUUGAGAACAACUAGUUCCCUUCUGCCCGUGGUGGCCAUCUGCUCCCUCCCUGGCUGGUUUGGGUGCAGAUUGGCCCUGGGCACCGGGGUUUGUAUCAGGGUAUUUGGGGGCAGUUGCUGGGUGAUGGGUAGCUGAAGAGAUCUUGUCUGAUGGACUUGGAAGAUUCCCCAAAACUCAGCUGCCGAGCCCAAGACCUCCUGGGACUAUUGUCCUUUAUGAUACAGAUUUUAAUGUUGUAGGAUGACAAUAUGCCUGGAUCCUCAGGCAGCACCAACUGCCCCACCAGUCUCUAAAGAGCGUUUCCCUUAAGGAUCUGGGUUGGAGCUGAGCACUUCCCAAGUGUUAGCUUGUUCAGUACCCAGACUGACAACCAGGUAUUACUUUACAGGUAAACUCAGAGAGGUGAGGGAGUGGCCUCCAGGUCACACAGCUCGUAAAUGGAGGAACUGAGAUCAGAUCCUGGAUCGGGCUCCUCAGUGCGUGAUCCUAACCACUUGCCUGCUCUUUUCCUGUUCUGUACUAAUUGGUACCUCCUUCCCAGGCCUGCACAAAACAAACCUCAGGUGCUGGAGUGGAGUGGAGUUGGUAAGAGAGGGCUCUUGGUUGCUGGCUCUCUUCCAAGGAUAAGAGCCCUCUGGGAACCGAGGAAAAGACUCCUCCCCCUCAACCCUACCCCCACUACCUCACCCCCACCCCCAUAGCUGGAAAUAUGUCAUGGGGCUCCUGCCAUGGCUAGUAAACCAUCGCCCCCUGGGUGCCCCUUUGAUUGUUAAGUUGUGUCCAGAUUGGUGAAAGAUUUGGGUGAGAACAUCUGUCCAUUUCAAAUGAACUGAAUGCAGUUUCAGGAUCUUAGCCACUGGAGCACUUAGUGUGGAGCUAGGAAACACCUGUCUCUUGGUCUGCCCUGCCCCAGGACAGCUGCCAGGGUCCUUGCUGAUCUUGGUGGCAUUGUAGGGGACGCUUUGAGCUCUGACUUCUCAGUGGUGAGUGGGGACUUGUGUCUGGGCGCCAGACUUGCAGUAAAACCCAGAGGAGUGCCUGUGCUGAAAUGAUGCUUUUCACUUCUUGACUGAGUUUUGGCUUCCCUGCAGUUCUAAACAGAACCGUGUUAAUGCAUAGGAAAACUGUACAGUUGACACCACAGUCACUUACUGCUAUUGGUGCUUGUGGAUUUCGUUUUUUUAAGAUAACUGAUGGCUGCUUCCAGAGGUACAUGUGAGCUGCACUCCAUCACACGUCUCAGACAUCAUGGGCAACCAGUCAGGAGCCCCCUGCUGCAACACAUGUUCUUCUUAUUUAGUUUUAUUCUAUUUCAAGAAUAACUAGUAGCAGCAGGCGGACCCCCAGGGACCCACCCAACACCUGCCAUGAAGUAACAAAGUUAACUUCCUCACAGGUAGAGCAGGACAGGCUCCUGGUGUUAGAAUAGAAGGAGUAGUAAGUACAUGGCCACCCGCAAUUGUAUUUUGAUAAGUGGUGUUUUAUUACAUAAAGGUGAACCACAAAAUAUCAGGGUUUGUUGGGAGGCUACAAACCAGGCCCCAAGAGUUGAGGCUGCCAUCCCUUCUCAUAUAGGCCAAGAAAGAGGUUAUCAGUGCAGUUAAUUGCAGAUUUAGCACUAGAAUAGCUCCAUUGCGAAUUAUUUGAGUCCCUCUCAUCUCAGCCCUUUAUUUUAUCUCUCCUGUGGGCUAAUGUGAGGGUAAUCUUACAGAUAUUAUAGGAACUUCUUGUCUUUCUUUUUCAGCCUUUUUGAAAACAAUGCAUAGUAAAAUAUAUCCAGAAACCCUUUCUGUUUGAGACUGUUAAUGGGCUUUUAAUUCUAAUGAUAAUUGCACUAUUAUCUUUCAAAAGCCCAUAUUUCCUAUGUAAAACAUCUCUCCCAAAAAUAUCUCAUUAAAAAGCCUGCAAAGAAUAGAGGAGAAGAAAGCAGUAGGUAUCAAUUCCAAAACAGUGAUUGAAACCGCCUAAAAUAAUUACAGCUUCUCUCAUCUGCAGAGAUAAUCUGGCAUGGCUCACCCCAUAAUCUAAUUUCAGAAAAGAAAGCUUUAUUUUAAUAUUCAUCCAGAUCAACACGAGAAACCCAAAUGAAUAUUCUUGUUUGACUUAAUGUCACCCACAGCAGGCAGCUUCCUGUGCUGUCUGUGUGGAGGCCGCCCUCCCAUGCACUUUGCUUCCUGUGUGGAUUCACUCUAAACCGUGCUGUCUGGAAACAGCACCUCGGACUUCACAAUGAGAUGACAAAGAAGGCAGUUGCGCUUUUUAAGGAAUGCUGACAAGUGGUUUCAGUUUUCUUUUUUCCCUGCUGAGUUGGAAACUCCAGGGCAAUACUGAUUGAUCGUAUUGCCAAAUGUUAAGCCCAAACCAAGAAGUACAGCCUUAUGCUAACUUUAUGGCCAUAGGGUUGAAAUUUUAUCUUGGUAGUUCCUUUUUUUUUUUUUUGGAUAACUCCAACAGAAAACUGUAACUGCUAUGUCUUGUAGCUAUACACAGGAAAGUAUAUGAAAAAAGGAGAAUUAUUAUUCCCUAUCGCCUACAAAGUAGCUGAAAACUUUAAGUGGAAAAGAAGAGUCUGUCUUUAAGUUUGUCUUUUUAUCUCAGCACAUUAAUGGAAAGAUAUUAAAUAUCUUGAAUAUUUUAUAAUUUUAUAGAAAAAUGCACAUCUAUUUUUCCUUGACUUGUUUUUAUAUAGUAAUAAAAG